AGAGGCUGGCCUGAUCUGCGAGGGACACGGCGAUCUGCUGGUAGUGACGGUUUGGGGGAGGGGCAGUCAGAUUGAUAUACCUGUUCGAGUUGAGACUGCAGGCGAUGCACCUAGUCAUUAUUUAAAUAUCGCACUUGGCUCUGGCUCCCAUUCUUCAGCUGCAAGGGAUCAGGGCAAGUGUAACACCACGCCUGUCCAUAAAUUUAAAGCCUAAACCAGCGUGCCUAGCGGAUUAUGAACGCCUUCGGACAGCAAGCUCCGCCAAAUGCUUCCCCUCAUCAACUUUCCAGCGCACAGGAUAUCUUGGACAUGGCCCUAUACUGCGACAACUUCAGCAUGUACCCGCAGAAUCUACACCAUCACCACCCUCAGCGACCCUCUCCCCACCCACCGAGCUAUGGGCUGGCCGACUACACCAACCCGACCACCAACCCCUACCUUUGGCUCAACGGACCGGCCAUUAACUCUCCUCCUUAUCUUCCAGGGAGCAAUGGAGCUGCUUACAUCCCGUCGGGUUACGGGACUGGCCAGCGCCAAUUCCUGUCAACCCCCUCGGGCUUCGGAGGGACUGAGCUGGGAUGGCUGUCCCUACCCAGCCAGCAAGAACUUUUCAAAAUGGUGCGUCCCCCUUACUCCUACUCCGCACUCAUCGCUAUGGCCAUCCAGAACGCGGCCGACAAGAAACUGACGCUCAGUCAGAUUUACCAGUACGUGGCCGAGAAUUUCCCCUUCUACAAGAAAAGUAAAGCGGGCUGGCAAAACUCCAUCCGCCACAACUUGUCUCUCAACGACUGUUUCAAAAAGGUUCCCAGGGACGAGGAUGAUCCAGGUAAAGGUAACUACUGGACCUUGGAUCCCAACUGUGAAAAAAUGUUUGACAACGGGAAUUUCAGGAGGAAGAGGAAACGCAGAUCCGACACCACAGGUCCCAGUGACCACGGGGCUGCCGAUAAGACGGACGACACCAGACCUUCAGACACAGUCAGCGUCCUUGAUUCUACUUCCCCCGGACUGGAGAGCUCCCCGGGAACCGCAAGCGAUUCGAAACCUUCGCCUCCUCCAAGCAUGCAAUCCAAUCCCUGCUUUAGUAACUUUGUGACCAAUAUGAGUUCUAUGAUCAGUGGGAACAAUGGGAUGAACAGGCCGAUUUCCUCAAGCGGAUUGAUGGGAGAUUUAUCGCAAGGUCGACAAAACCUGUCCGGACUCAAUUCAUAUUCACCUUCACAUAACUCAAUACACAACACAGUGGACAUCCACAAUCGAUUGAAUUACUAUCAAUCCACUGUUCCAAAUCAACAAACUGGACUUAGCGGCCCCCUCUGCAACUUCAGCGUCAAUAAUCUAAUCUACAGCAGAGAGGGCACGCAGGUUUAACAGGAAAAAUUGGAAAUACAAAGUGUAAAAAAAACCUAGAGAGAAACAGAGAAAAUACUUUUUUAUAUAUAGAGAAUAACUUUGUAAGUAAUAUGUCUAGUGUAGUUUGCUGUAAACAGUUUGAUCUCGUGUGUUAAAAGUGCCCUUAAUACCGAUGUAAAGCAUCAAUAGAACAAUGUUUACUUUUAACUGGCCUUUCGUCACAAAUCAUUUGUUUACAUAAGCAACACUAUGCAAAAUGAUAUAUUUUAAAAGCCGAAUUGUCAAACGAACAUUGUUUCAAUCGCGUAGACGGCAAAUAAUGCAAUAAGCAAACAAUAAAUUAAUUAUUUUUAGAUGAAUACGUAAUGUAUCUAUUGGUCACAGAUUUUUGUUCUGGGGGGCUGUUAUCCAUUGACGGACACUGAAAAUUACAUAGUUUUGUAAAGCUGAAAUUCCAAGUCUUCCGAAUUAAUUUUUUAUGAUGAAGGCAUUUGACCUUGCGUUCACGAAACUGUUUAACUGACCUGUAUGUAUUUGGCGCAGUCUCUCUCUGUCUGAUAAUUCUGCUCCGUGGUGCUAAAGUUGUGUUGCAACAUUUCACUUGCAUUCUCUGUAGUUAAACUGCCAUUC